CCAGAAGAAGGACACCAUCGGCACGAUGCGCACCAACGCCACAGCAACUCAGCACCGCUCGCCUCAUCCCGGCCUCCUCCGGGCGCCCGGAUUGCUCCGAGUCGUCCAGAUGCCGUCGAUGCUCCUGCUACUCCUGGCGGCCGCGUUCAUGGCCCACACCGCGGUUGCAGACCCUUCCAUCGGCGACGUCAUCGGUCAGAUCAGAGAGAGAGCAGCCGCCACCACGGAGGACGCUGGCACGACGACUCCCGCGCCGCCCAACAAGACCAGGAACGAGCGGAUACUGGAGCAGUGGUCCAAGUUCGAACUUAACCUGCAGGACCUGGUGGAUAGCGUGAUCAGGAAGGUGCUGCCGACGGUGAUACGGCGCAGCUCCGAGCUGGAGGUGUCUCCGGACUGCCGUGACGCCCUGCUCAAGGUGGUCUUCGGCAUACGCCAACUCAAGCGAUGGGCCUUCCAAUUCUUGGAUGCGGCGGGCAAGCCUGCGGGUGGCAUCCUGACGGGCACGCUGACGGCCUUCGGCUCGUACGACCAAUGCGUGGCCAUCGAGGCCCGAGACUCGCCGGCGGAGGAGCCCCGGUUCACGGGCCGCUACUGCACGGUCGAGCUGCGGCCGCCCAUACCGAAGCGGCCGCGCUACUACACGCUUCACGACCAGGUCCAGCUCUUCAACAACAUCACCAGAACCAAGGUGACGGGUGAAAUCGCGGAGAAGAUGCACUUCUUCUACUUCCUCGUGUACCGCUACGGAGUGUGCGUGCCUUCCACCUGCCAACGGGAAGACGUCGAGACCAUCGCCGCAAGCCUCGUCAAGUCUGCAGAGUUUGAAGUCAAGGUUUCCAACUGCGAAGUCAAGGAGGACAACGCGAAACUGAACGGGGACCAGACAGCCAUCGUGACCUUGGUGUGCAUCCUGACGGCCAUAGCGCUAGCCUCGACUACAGUGGACUUGGUGAAAAGAGCCAUGCGGAAGCCUGAAAAGAAAGAGGCAGAAGCCGAGUCUCUCUUGUCCCGCUUCACGACGUCGUUCUCGAUGGUGCGUAGCCUGCGCAGCGUCUUCCGGCCCGAGACCAGCCUGGGCCCACUGAGCGCCCUGCACGGACUCCGUUCGCUGACGCUGCUGUGGUUCAUGCUGGGCCACAUCUUCCUUUUCGUCAACUACCAGUUCUUCCGAAAUCUGAUGAUCGCCGUGGGUUUUGCCAAGGACUUCUCCUUUCAGAUGGUCAUCAACUCGACGCUGGCCACGGACACAUUAAUCUUUCUCAACGGCUUCCUGUUCGGCUACCACGGCCUUGUGGACCACGAGUCGACCGGUAGACGGCGGCAGCCCAUCUUUAGCGUGCUUCACAAAGCGUUCAGGGCUGUAGUGGCGAUGCUGCUGGCAACCAUGGUCGCCAUCCUGCUUCCCGUCAUCGGGUCCGGCCCCAUGUGGAAGGAGACGAUGGACAGCGUGGCCCAGAACUGUCACGACAACUGGUGGCUCAACGUCCUCUUCGUCAACAACAUCUUCGUUGCGCCCCACGAAAGGUGUCUCGAGAUCACCUGGUACUUCGCAGUGCUCAUCCAGCUGUGCCUCGUCGGCAGCGUCGUCAUAUUCGUCCUGCAAAGGCGCUUCUUUUUGGGCGUGGUACUGAACGCCUCCCUAGUGGCCGUGGGCGUUAUCUCUAUGGGCGUGCUGACAGCCACCUACAAGCUGCCACCCACCGUUCUCUUCGCGCAGGCUGACAUCAACUCGCGACUCAUGAUGGAAGACAUCAUGUACCAAAAGCCCUGGGCUCACUUGGGCCCCUUCUGCAUCGGCAUCGGUCUCGCCUGCAUCGUCACGAGAAAGCCCGUUGUCACGCUCAACCCGAUCCUGCGAGCGUUGGGCUGGGUCUGCUCUUUCCUCUGCGCCGUGGCGGUGGUGUUCGGUGCGUACCGAUGGAACUGCGGCGACGGCGUGGACACCGCGCAGGCCGCGCUCUACGCAGCCGUGCACCGCUCCGUGUGGGCCUUCGCCGUGGCGUGGGUCGCCUUCGCCUGCGUCACCGGAAAAGCAUGGUUGGUGGGCGACUUCCUGUCCUGGCCGGCGUUCGGGCCCCUGAGUCGCAUGGCGCCGCUGGUGUUCCUGCUGCACCCGCUCGUGCAGAACAUCUUCACAGCCUACGUCCGAGAAAGGGUCCAGGCCGACCAGCUCAUGGCCCUCUUCCUGUUCUGUGGCCUGUUCGUGCUCGGCUACUUGGGCGCGGUGAUCUGCAGCGUGCUGGCCGACGCACCACUGCACUCCCUCGAGCAGCUGAUGUGCGAGCGCCUGGGCCUGAACGGCGCCGGUCGCGAAGGGUGCCCACGCCGCUUCCUCGAGGUGGCCAAGCCCGUGCUCAAGGCGCUGCCGCUGCCCAGUUGCACCAAGAUCACCAUACUGGGCGAGAAGGCUCAGCCGGCGGCGGCAGCGAGCACCGACGCGAACCGCCUGCCGCCAGAGUGUCGCCUCUAGGAAGCAAAGGACUCUGCACAGAACGAAGCACGGGUGGCGGCGGCGGGCAAUGCCUGUCGCACUCGUGCCUCUGCGCUUUCCAAGAGAUCUACGCGUUCGUCUGCUGCGCUAUCGAAGGUGACCGCGGGCGCCCCGCGAACAAAGGCGGGCCCCUAAAGUGGGCUCUGACGCCUUGUCCCCUUCCCCACUUUUGUUUUAUUGGCUGGAGGAGGCUUCAAAGUUCGCUCAUUUCAUUCGCUCCCGCGUCACCAGCCAUUUUGUCCAUAGCCGGCACGGCACGCUUUCAUAACGCCCUUGAUUGGUCAGGUUCGACGAACGCUGUCUACGGGCCUUCUCUUCAUUUGUCGUUCCAUAAGCAUCGAGCCGGCUCACAUCGCAGGUGGCUAUAGUUACGCAUAGUUCUGCUUUGUGCACUCGGCUGCUGCGAGUUCAUCUAUGUAUCCGCAUUGUGGGUUCAGGAACACCUCUGUGACGGUGUGGCACGCUGCUUGAGUUGGCUGCAUGAAGCACGCGAAGUUUCAAUGCUUCAUUUGCAACGGUCGAGCGCAGCAUAGCUGUUGGAUGCCUCUUCAACGUGAAUAUUUAACGCGCCUUGGGUAGCCACUGCGGAGAACUAUUUCCCUACAAUUCUUUAGCUCAUGCAUCAACUGACAUUUACAAAUAUAGCGGCGUUAUACGUGUAAUUGUUAUUGCCGACGUAACUGUGCGACUCCGUCGAAACAUGUCUCUGGUGGCCAUAUUCUAUGGCAGUGCGCAGAGUUUUCCAAAGCCUCGAUUGCAGCGGCUGAGAUCAACAAUCGUAAUCGGAGAAUCUCUUGCCGAUAGCUACCGCUGGUAGAUUGCUUAGAGACAGAGCCUAGCUCAGCCUUGCGCCAUGUAUACAUGUAUACACAAGCCUGCAAAGCGCGGCUGGGCAGUGAGACAACAGUGAAAAAGCAUGUUUUUCAGGCAAGUGCUCAGAGUCUGAGUUGCUUAUUGGGUCUUUAACGCGAAGAAUGUUUUCCUUGUAUCGAUAAAAAUGUACAGAGAGAGACAACCUAAACGUUUAGCAACAUUUCACGUCAGUGCGGCGCGUGUGAGGUUUAACAUUUAAAAACUACGGGGAGGUUGAAGUCUUCAAUAAACCAGGGUCACAGUUCUCCGCAUACAGUUGUAGGCCGUUGUGUGCAGCUCCUCGAUGAUGGCAGUUACCUUCCUCGUGCCAAACUUAUAGAGGUAAGGUACCCAAAAAUACAUCUUUCUCAGCGCCGUCAAGUCAUGGGCACGUGAGACCUUUCUAUCAGUCAGGGGACCACUGUUUACUGCAGACUUUCUUAUGAGAAGUGCUUGAGUUUUAUGACCAGCUACGUUACCUUGACCCCACAUUAUUACGCAACGGUUUUAAUGGCAUCACGGCUUUGUCAUGCACUCAAUCCUUUGCAAUUUGUUUCGAGUUUUAGAUGACAGUACAAUCAAGGUCUUCACACUGUUGGUACAGGAUAAGAGUGCAGAAUUUAACGCUGAGAAGCGAAAGGUUUGCAUUCGCUGUAUAUCUCUUCUUCUAUGAGCACUACGCCAAGAGUACAAUACAUGACAUACAGUUCCGUUGAUGGUCCAGCACAUUUAUUUCCUGCUAAUGCCGAGAUCGUAUUGUUCCAAGGCCGCUGACUGCACAAACAGUCGGUAAUGACCCUGCCCAUGGGAAAACCGCUUUCUGUGUUCAAAAUAUGCGGUUCUUUCCUUAAAGCACAGUAGGGGGUAUGCACGGCAAGAAUAUUCGUAUGACUCCACUCGAUGCGCCAAGCGCGAUGUCGCAAUUUCGGGUAUCUUGUGUGCUACAGGAUUAUAUGACAUGGAUCACUGCUUAGUGUCUCCAUCGGUGAUUGGAGAGUGAGCAUCUCUAAGGUAAAGCCGCGUCAAAAUGCAUCGCGUUGGGCGCAAUCAAUUCAGUAUUGACACGCACACAGAGAACUACAAGAGUUUAACGUAUUCGAUUCGGAAUUGUUCCCAAUGUUCCUAUUCUGUUUGUGUGCGCUUCCCCCGGUGUUCGCAGUGGGUGAAGCGAAACAGUCGAUUCUGUGUCAAACGGCGAUUACUAAAGCAAUUUUGGUUAAGUUUAUAAAUAUUUUCACGUAAGAGAUAAUAUUCUUUAUCGUGCUUUCUGACCGUACGCCGGAUAGCGCGGUGAGAAAGACCUUUGUUACGUUGAUGGAGCCAUAUAGUUUAUGUUUUGUUGACGUGGAUCUUAGAUUUACACGAAGCGCACAGGACAAAGUUCGUGAAUAACCAGCGUGCCACCAUAACCUGCGAAAAAAAAGACAGGUAACGCCGACGAAGAAGUAGAAAAAAGAAACAUUUCCAUAUUGCCGUCGGCAGCUAGCGAGUUCGAGGCAGUCAUUUGCUACCAAGUGUCCGCGAAAGUGGUAGUUGUGGCGAGUGUUUCUUGCACCUGUUGUCUCAUAACUUCCUUGUUACCGUUUUAUCAUCUCUUUGGUCCUUUGUUUCCAAACCCGAGAGCUGUCGCUCAGGUCGACUCGUUCCAAAGCGCGAUACACCUUGUAAAUAAAGACACGCGUCACCUGGAAUGGGUCAUGCUUUAUUUCUAUUCUCAUCCCCCCCCCCCCUUCAAGACUGUACAUACCGACAAUGUAACCAAAUUAUUGAAUAAAAACUAAAUACCCUGUU